UUUUACGGAAAUAGAAGGCGGGGGACUAGACUAGUGAAAACCAAUUAAAAUUUGAUUAUUGUGUUACAGCGUGACGAGUCUUCAGUAGCUGAAAUAAUAUGCGGUAUUUUGUCUGUUGAUCUUUAGUGGUCGUCUAAGUUGCGGUUGAGUUGGUUACCAUAUCUUGAUUUCUCUGUGAUUGCUAUUUUGCCGAAUCAAAUUGGCGACAGGAUUCAAAAUAAGCUGAUGUCCAGCUGAGCGAUCUGUCCUGCUUCCGAAGGGUGUCAGUGGUUUUAUUGGUUGUGCUUUUCACCGCAAUGGCGGACACGCUGGAGGAACUGGAAUACAAUGAACGUGACUCGCAACUCGUUUUUUCGGAUUCCCUGUCGCCGAAAGAUAGUGACAAUGAAGAUAAGAAGGAGGCAAGCUACGAACUCCGAAAAGUCGACAAAAACAAGCAAUGGCAAUCUACUGAAAGAACGCCUCUGGUACGAACCACGGACCCUGACGAGCCAGUACCGCGGUCCGCAUGGAACACGAAUUUCAAACGAUUCCGUUCAUUUUCCAUGUCACAUUUUACGGUGUCGUUGGUGGAAAAAGAGUGUCAGGAUAGACAAGCAUCCGCGUUCUUGGCCGGCUGGAAUGUCACCAAUCUGAUCCAGGGUAUGGGUAUCCUAGGUGUGCCUUAUGCUGUCCGAGAAGGAGGAGUGGUAGCAGUCCUCUGUAUCUUUAUAGUGGCAAUAUUCUGUAAUGUUACUGGCAUACUACUGGUCGAGUGUUUGUAUGAGAUCUCUCCCCGCAGCAAGCUGAGAAAGAGAGUGCGCAACUCAUAUCCUGAUGUAGGUGAAGCGGUGUGGCCGGGCGUUGGUGGCAAGGUGGUUAGUGUCGUCCAGACAGUAGAACUCUAUGCCGCAGCAGUCCUGUAUCUGGUCCUUUUAACCACCAUGUUUUCUCAGAUUACAAGCAAGUACAUACCACUUACAUUGAAUGAAUGGGCUGUGGUCUGUGCCGUUGCUGUGCUUCCAAGUGUCUUCAUCACAAGACUGUCUCUUAUUGCCUGGAUGAGCAUGCUGGCUGUGUUUUCACUUAUGUCUGCCCUGUUAGUCAUGAUAGCAUAUUGUUUUGUGCGCCAUGAUCAGUGGACAGUGCACAAUAUUCCAUCCUUUGAUAUCAGUACCUUUCCUGUUGGGUUUGGCAUUGUAACAUUCAGUUAUUGUGCUCACGCAGUUUUUCCUGGAAUAGAAGGUAGCAUGAGGGAGCCCAAAAAAUUCAACAAAAUGAUGAAUGUGUCAUUCUUUAUCUCAGCUGUUGUCAAAGCAGUGUUUGGCCUCUUUGCCGUGCUGACAUUUGGUUUGCUCACAGAUCAAGUUUUCACCGUUAACUUGGCAGAAGAUGUGCCAUUUAACACAGCAGCAACAGCACUUGUUGCAUUGAAUGUGUUUUUCUCCUUCCCUCUUCCACUGUUUGUUGUGGUAGAAACAUUUGACAACACUCUUGGUCCUCAUUUUCCACAUUUACAGAAAGGAAGAAAACAUUACUGGUAUUGGUUAUUGCUAACAAGAACAUUACUUGUAACCUUUGCACUUUUUAUUGCCCUUGUCGUACCACACUUUGGUCUGUUGAUGGGUUUCGUUGGCAGUUUUACUGGAACAUGUCUUUCCUUCACGUUUCCAUGCGUAGCCCACAUGAAGCUACGAUGGAAGUUCCUACGCUGGUAUCACAUUACAGGCGAGAUUGUUCUUAUUGUAUUUGGGAUUAUCGCUGGAGGCCUUGGCUUUGUGUAUUCAGGGAAAGCUCUUGUGGACUCUUUUCAUACUUUCUAGUAAUGUGAUUUGAUUACCUCAAAUAUGCAGAUGCAUUUGUAAAGUGGACUGAAAUCCAAUUUUGAAGCCAUUUCUGUUUUAUAAUCACAUCAUUCAUGGCUUUCAGUUUGAUUAAGAUUAUUACUUUAACUUUUUACCCCUCAAGUUCAUUUAUGUCUGACCUAAAUCUAUCGCGAACCUUUAACCGUAAUAAUUAUUGUGUGAAAUAAUAAUAUCAUCCCCCUUGCUUGCAAUGCAGGGAAUUUAAACUUGGCAAUUACAUAAGAAUUGGACAAAUCUGAACUUUGCUUGUUUUCAAUACAGUAUAAACAUGUUGUAUGUACAGUGUUAUUGUCAAAUGUUGAACUGCAACCAUUCUGACCAUUAACAGGUGAAUUUACAGAUCAUCUAAGGAAAAUCUAGUUUUCCUAAUAACUGAAUUUUUCAAAGGAAAUAUUGGUGGCCUGUCUUUGAGGGCACAAGACUCUAUAUCAAGUUUAAUUACAGCUUGGGUAUCUGUAUAAUCCUUUUACCGAAUAAACUGAUCAAAAUAAGUUUAUAGUCUAGGGUCCAUGAGGCAAGUAAUAGUGUUUUGUGGCUUUCCUUGUUCUAAAACGGUUCAAGCAAGUGUGUUCUGAUCAUAUUAGUUUAGUCUGAUUUUAAGUAUUGAAUUAUGUUUUUGUUCGUGUUAAGUAAUACUUGUUGUAAGUAAUAAUAGGCUAUAGGAUUGCCAGUAAAGUCAAAGGUAUACAUAUUGAAGGACAUAUUUAUAGUAUGCAAUCAUUUAUAGCAUUUUAGAGUGAAGAUUUUGUAAGAAAAUAUAUAUUUUCCAGUGUUGUGUAAAUUUAUUGCAUCUACACAUGGUUUGUCUCUAGCAUUAAAAGGUGAUUUUCAUCUUGUAAUGUAUUUUGCACAUAGGAAUAUUUUUCAUGUUUGAGAAAUGUACUGUUACUCACACAAUGGCGGCCCAGUCGUUGAACAAUGACUUGAAGUCAAAAUUGAAUGUUAUAGUUUCAAAACUCCUGGAAUCAUUUUGUGUUGAGUGCACAAGUGGGAUUAGAUUAUUUAACCUGGCAGAUCAAUCGUCGAGGUAGUGAAAAGAUGUUUUGAAACCAAAGCAAAUGGGUGCAAGCAUGCACAAUGAAAAUGGGUCUUUCCUAGAUUUCUUUGUGAAGACGAACAAUAAUUUUAAGAAUAAUAUGGAACAGUGACAGAUUAAUUUAAUGAGUAAUGUAAAUUAUGCUAGUUGUGAGUGAGAAUAGUUUUAUUGUAGACAAGUAGUGUUAUCAGAGUGAAUAAUAUUUGUAUCCCAAUAAAUGAACUUUUUAUUGAA